GUCCUGACCUACCAGCCACCACCUCUACCCAUUUUACGCAGAAUCAUACCCUCCAACAGCACGAGCUUGCUUAUUCUCCUGCUUCUCGCUCUUAACCUCUUCUACCUCCUAUUUGGCAUCGACUUCAGCACUCUCAGCGCAGUCGAUAUCCUCGCCGAUCGUGCUGGCCUACUUUUCGUUGCAAAUCUGCCAUGGCUGUACCUCAUGGCAGCAAAGAACCAACCCAUAAAACGCUUGACCGGCGACUCUUACGAGAAUCUGAAUCUCAUCCACCGCCGUCAGGGAGAAUGGCUCUGCUUCUUAGCAUUGUUGCACUUUGGAGGCAUGCUAGUGGCAUGGUACAACUUUCUGCAGUCGGUCCUCACACUCUGGGGAUUCUUGACCAUAAAGUACGUCACUUGGGGAGUGGGAGCAUUUGUCGCCUACGAGACGCUAUAUUUGACUUCCCUUUCCAGCUUUCGAGAAUGGUGGUAUGAGGCGUUUUUGGCCAGUCAUGUUUUCCUGCAAGCUGCGGCAUUGGUUCUGAUCUGGAUGCAUCACUUCCGCGCUGGACCGUAUGCGGUCGCUGCACUUUUGAUCUUCGUUCUGGAUAGGUUGGUCUGGAGACUAGGUCUCAAGUCCACGAGCAUCAAUGCUACCCUGGAUAUCAUGGAAGAUGGAGAGACGGUCAAAGUGUCUGGGGACUGGCCUGUCUUGCCCCAAACGAAUUCUCGUUGGAGGAAAUGGUUGGGCCGAGAUCUGCGCUUCGGAUGGCUUCCCUCCGAGCACGUCUUCAUCACAGUACCUGGCAUAUCUCGAAAACACCGGCUGCAGUUCCAUCCCAUGACGAUUGCCUCCGCUGCCCCACAUGAAAAUGGCCACGCUUGGUUCAACCUCAUCAUUCGAGCCAAAGGUGGCUUCUCUCGAGAUCUUCUCAACUACGCUCGUACAUUCCCUUCUACAACAGUUCGCCUCGACGGACCAUAUGGCAGCCUGCACGCAUUAGAAAUGUUGGAAGCGAGCGAUGCAGCAGUGAUAGUAGCUGGCGGAUCAGGACUCGCGGUUGCAUAUCCUAUGCUGUGGCAUCUCCUCCAUGUCGAAAGAAAUCUGACACGGAAACUUGCUUUCAUCUGGAUCGUGCAGGACGCGAGCCACAUGUCCUGGAUCGGCAGUGAAAGACUGGAGGAAUUUCGAGACAUGGGAUGUAGAGUUGUCGUCCCACCACCGAGUCGGAAACAUGGAAGACCGGAUGUUUGUGGGUUGUUGCAAGACACGAUUGCUGAGAUUGAAGAUUCUAGAGAUGGCAAGGUUGGUGUUGUGGUUUCUGGACCUGAUGGGAUGAAUCGGGAUGUGAGGAAUACUUGUGCCAACAUGGUUUGGGAGGGGAGGGAUGUUGAGGUUAGGGUUGAGAAGUUUGGAUGGUGA